AUGGGAAUAUUUCAGGUGCAAAUCGAUGGUAAACCAGAUGGUAUUUUGGAGAAGAAAUUACCUCCUAAUCCAGAAGGAAGAAUGUUAGUAGGAAGUGCUGAUGAUGGAAAAAACCAUCACGGAGCUAAUUGCAAUGGAAGACGCGAGAGCGGUCCUCAAUUCGGGUUCAACGAGCAACGACAGCAACAGAGAACCCAGCAAAUUGGCGGAGGUUUCGGCCUGAAACUGGACCUCGGCGUUUCCAACGGCAUGUUUUCCAGGACCAGCCAGAACGAGCAAAUCGGCAGGAGUUUCCAGAAGAGGUCACUCAGAGAGCCCAAAAAGUGCUUCGUGCUGAUCGUCCAAGCGCCCCCACAAGUAAGCAGUAGUACCGGGGCCAGUAUCGAUCCGAGGGGACAGAACGUAUCUGGUACUGCCGCUGGGCGGCGGUAAUGACAUUAGAAUCAUUAGAUAAUGCAAUUGCAUGCCGGUAAUCGAAUUAAAAUUAAGUGCAAUUAUUUUAUUCGUGUAUGUACAUCCGUUUUAAGUACUAUGUAGAAUGAUAAGUAAUAAUAUAUGUACAGGAUGUCUCAUAAGUUGGUACUUUUUUUUAGUUGCGUAUAGAUCUUUUAAUUCUAAGCAACUUUUUCAAGUUCAAUCUUUUUAAUAUUCUGGAAAAU